CUCACUCGCUAAUCGUUAAGCAGGGCUUUCCUGUGGUUAACUACGUGCCACAUCCUCCUAUUUAUACCCACACACAUACAUACUUAUUAGAGAAGCACCUGUGCAUAGAAGAAUUAUGGCUGAUCCAAUGGACAAAAGCGCCGACAACCAUACCAAUAAAUUUGCUCUUGCUUCUGCUAUACUCGCUUCCAUGAUAACCAUCAUAUUUGGUUAUGACACUGGAGUGAUGAGUGGAGCGAUGCUAUUCAUGAAGGAAGAACUAAAAAUCAAUGACACCCAAGUGCAGGUUCUAGCUGGCAUCUUAAACCUGUGCGCAUUGGUGGGUUCCUUGGUCGCCGGAAGAACCUCCGACAACAUUGGUCGCAGGUGGACCAUCGCAAUAGCCGCUUUCCUCUUCAUGGUGGGUUCAGUUCUCAUGGGUUACGGCCCAAACUUCGUGGUUUUACUGAUCGGAAGGUGCGCUGCCGGUAUUGGCGUGGGCUUCGCUCUCAUGGUAGCCCCCGUUUACUCCGCAGAGAUUGCCGGCGCUAAAACCCGUGGUUUUCUAUCCUCCCUGCCGGAGCUCGGUAUUGGCAUCGGCAUCUUUCUAGGGUACAUCAUAAACUACUUCUUCGGAAAAUUACCUCUGAAAAUCGGAUGGAGAUUGAUGCUUGGCAUCGCAGCGGUUCCUUCACUCGCAUUACUCUUCGCAAUCUUCAAAAUGCCCGAGUCUCCAAGAUGGCUUGCACUGAAAGGCCGUCUCGGACACGCCAAGAAAGUUUUGCUGAAAAUCUCCAACAGCCAAGAAGAGGCCGAAGUUCGCCUCAAGGACAUUAAAAUGGCCGUAGGGAUUGACGAGAACUGCGAAGACGACGUCGUUAAGCUUCCGAAAAAAGGCAAAGGAGAAGGCGUUUGGAAAGAGUUGCUCAUCCAUCCGACUCCGACCGUCCGCCGGAUCCUAAUCGCCGCCAUCGGAAUUCACUUCUUUGAGCAUGCGACGGGCAUCGAAGCCGUCAUGCUGUACAGUCCAAGAAUCUUCAGGAAAGCUGGGAUCACACAGAGGGAAAAGCUUUUGCUGGCGACGAUAGGAGUAGGAGGCACGAAAGUGUUUUUCCUGACAAUAGCGACAUUCAUACUCGAUAGAGUAGGAAGAAGACGGCUUUUGCUUUUGAGCACGGGGGGGAUGAUCUGUGCGCUCGCCGUGCUGGGAAUAAGCUUGACGAUCGCGGAUCAUUCGAAGGAGAAGCUCGAGUGGGCCUUGAUCGUGAGCCUAGUGGCCACUUACGCUUUCGUGGCCUGCUUCAAUAGUGGGCUUGGGCCUGUCACGUGGGUAUACAGCUCGGAGAUAUGGCCUCUGAAGUUGAGGGCCCAAGGUGCUGGGGUCGGAGUGGCGGUGAACAGGCUCAUGAACGCUGCCGUUUCGAUGAGUUUUAUUUCCAUCUACACGGCGAUCACCAUAGGAGGGACGUUUUUCUUGUUUUGCGGGAUAUCCGCCGUAGCUUGGACUUUCUUCUUUAUUUGCUGCCCUGAGACUAAAGAGAAGUCAUUGGAAGAGAUUGAGAUGCUCUUCAGCAAACACAAGAAUCGUAGUGAAAAUACAGAAACUGAUCCUGCUCAGAAUGCUUAGCUUAGCUUCUUCAAGUGUGUGUGUUUAGUGAUGAGGUUGGACUUUUCUUUUGAUGGGUCAACAUCAUAAUUGGUGAGAAGUCAGGGGACUUAGUGAGCCAUUUUGAGAAGAGUUUGGUAUACAGGCGCAUAUGAUGAUACAUAUAUAUUUGUAUGUCGCUAUCUCCGUUGAGUCAUUAACUGAUUAUUGUUCAUAGUAAUCA